GAGAACUGAAAAAUCGAACCUUUUUCGAGACUAGUGUUAAUCUCUGUCCUUAUGUCUCUCUAGACUCUGUUAGUGGAGAUACCUUGAGAGAUGAAGAUCGUUCGCAGGGAUUUUGUUCGUAAUGGACCCGGAAGCGUUAAGAUGGUGGCAGAGGACUCUGAUGAUCUCUGGUAUGCUUAUAACUUGAUUGCGGUGGGAGAUAGUGUAAUGGCUGUCACUUUCAGAAAAGUUCAGAGAGAGAUACCUGGUGGGGGAAGAGACUCUGAACGUGUUAAACUGAAGCUGGAAGUACAAGUUGAGGAGGUGGACUAUGACAAAGACGGAUCUGUUUUGCGCAUACGUGGGAAGAAUAUCCUGGAGAAUGAGCACGUAAAGAUUGGUGCAUUCCAUACUUUGGAGCUUGAGCUGAAACGGCCUUUUGUAUUGAGAAAGGAAGUUUGGGACUCAAUGGCUCUUGAUACACUCAAGCAGGCCUCAGAUCCCGCUGCCAGUGCUGAUCUAGCUGUAGUUCUAAUGCAAGAAGGACUGGCACAAAUCUUCCUUGUUGGGAGAAGUGUGACAAGUAGCCGUGCACGAAUAGAAACAUCCAUUCCUAGGAAGCAUGGACCGGCAAUUGCUGGUUAUGAGUCUGCUUUGAAGAAAUUCUUUGAGAAUGUUCUGCAGGCCUUUGUGAAACAUGUUGACUUCAGUGUCGUUCGCUGUGCAGUAGUUGCAAGUCCCGGCUUUACAAAGGAUCAGUUUCAUCGCCACUUAUUGUUGGAAGCAGAAAGAAGACAACUGAGACCUAUUAUUGAGAAUAAAUCACGUAUAAUAUUGGUGCACACAAAUUCUGGAUAUAGACAUAGCCUGGGGGAGGUUCUCCAUGCUCCCAACGUGAUGAAUAUGAUCAAAGAUACUAAAGCAGCAAAAGAGGUCAAAGCUCUCAACGAUUUCCACACCAUGCUGUCAAAUGAUCCAGAUCGGGCAUGCUAUGGACCAAAACACGUGGAAGUUGCUAAUGAACGAAUGGCAAUCCAAACGCUUCUCAUUACGGACGAGCUUUUCAGGAAUUCUGACGUAAAAACAAGGAAGAAGUAUGUUAAUUUGGUGGAGUCGGUGAAAGAUUCGGGAGGAGAGGCUUUUAUAUUUUCGGCGAUGCAUGUUUCAGGGGAACACUUGGCACAGCUGACUGGAAUUGCAGCUAUUCUCAGGUUCCCUUUACCAGAACUCGAAGACAUUGAGAUAGAAGAGAGAUCAAUCAACAAACAAACUAUGGCGCAAUCUCUCGAACUUCUCUUGAUCCAAUUUCUCAUGCCAGACAAUGAUGCUCGGCGUCAAGCAGAGGAUCAGAUCAAACGUCUUGCCAAAGAUCCUCAAGUUGUUCCCGCUCUUGUUCAGCAUCUCCGCACCGCUAAAACCCCCAACGUCCGCCAGCUCGCCGCCGUCCUCCUCCGCAAAAGGAUUACAGGACAUUGGGCUAAGCUUUCUCCUCAGCUUAAGCAGCAUGUUAAGCAAUCCUUAAUCGAGAGUAUCACUGUUGAGAAUAGUCCACCGGUGAGGCGUGCGAGUGCCAAUGUUGUGAGUGUAGUAGCCAAGUACGCUGUUCCAGCUGGAGAGUGGCCUGAUUUAUUAACCUUUCUCUUCCAGUGUAGUCAGAGUGCUCAAGAAGAUCAUCGUGAAGUAGCAUUGAUUCUUUUCAGCUCUUUGACAGAAACGAUUGGGAACACAUUUAGGCCAUACUUUGCCGAGUUGCAGGCUCUUCUUCUUAAGUGUAUGCAGGAUGAAAGCAGUAGUCGAGUCAGAGUUGCUGCUCUCAAGGCGGUUGGUUCUUUUCUUGAAUUCACCAACGACGGGGAUGAAGUGGUCAAGUUCCGAGAUUUCAUUCCCAGUAUAUUGGAUGUAUCAAGGAAAUGUAUUGCAUCUGGAGAGGAGGAUGUUGCUAUACUUGCUUUUGAAAUUUUUGAUGAGCUGAUUGAAUCUCCUGCUCCCCUUCUUGGAGAUUCUGUCAAAUCAAUUGUGCAGUUCUCUCUUGAAGUUUCCUGUAAUCAAAACCUGGAAAGUAGCACCCGUCACCAGGCAAUCCAAAUAGUUUCAUGGUUGGCAAAGUACAAAUACAAUUCCCUUAAAAAAUAUAAGCUAGUCAUACCAGUUUUGCAAGUUAUGUGCCCUUUACUUGCUGAGUCAUCUGAUCAAGAGGACGAUGAUGAUCUUGCUCCUGAUCGUGCAGCUGCUGAAGUUAUUGACACUCUAGCUAUGAACCUGCCAAAGCAUGUAUUCCUCCCUGUUCUUGAAUUUGCUUCCAUGCAUAGUCAAAGUACAAACCUGAAGUUUCGGGAAGCAUCUGUAACAGCUCUAGGUGUUAUAUCAGAGGGUUGCUUUGAUCUGAUGAAAGAGAAGCUGGACAUUGUUCUUAAUAUAGUCUUAGGAGCUUUAAGAGACCCUGAGCUAAUGGUUCGAGGGGCUGCAUCUUUUGCAAUUGGCCAAUUCGCCGAGCAUCUUCAGCCCGAAAUCCUGUCUCACUAUCAGAGUGUCCUUCCAUGCCUAUUGAAUGCGAUUGACGAUACAUCUGAGGAAGUGAAGGAAAAGUCACACUAUGCUUUAGCAGCAUUCUGUGAGAACAUGGGAGAGGAAAUUGUUCCGUUGCUUGAUCAUUUAAUGGGGAAGCUUAUGGCAGCCCUUGAAAAUAGUCCGCGUAAUCUACAAGAGACAUGCAUGUCUGCAAUUGGGUCGGUUGCUGCUGCUGCAGAGCAAGCUUUCAAUCCAUAUGCUGAGAGGGUUCUAGAGUUGAUGAAGUUUUUCAUGGUGCUCACCAAAGACGAGGAUCUUCGUGCCCGUGCCAGGUCUACUGAGCUUGUAGGGAUUGUUGCAAUGUCUGUUGGGAGAAAAGGAAUGGAGGCCAUUUUGCCACCUUUCAUUGAUGCUGCAAUAUCAGGAUUUGAAUUGGAUUUCAGUGAGUUGCGAGAAUAUACUCAUGGAUUCUUCAGCAACGUAGCUGAAAUAUUGGAUGACACUUUUGCCCAGUAUUUGCCUCGCGUUAUGCCAUUAGUAUUUGCUUCGUGCAAUCUUGAUGAUGGAUCUGCAGUGGACAUUGAUGAGUCAGACGAUGAAAAUGUCAAUGAUUUUGGCGGGGUAUCCUCUGAUGAUGAUGCUCAUGAUGAGCCCAGAGUUCGGAACAUUAGCGUUAGAACAGGAGUUUUGGAUGAAAAGGCAGCUGCAACUCAAGCUCUUGGCCUGUUUGCACUCCACACUAAAUCUUCUUUUGCACCCUACCUCGAGGAAUCAUUGAAGAUUAUGGACAAACAUUCUGCAUAUUUUCAUGAAGAUGUUCGGCUUCAAGCAGUUACUGGAUUGAAACAUAUAUUGGCUGCAGCGCAUGCUAUCUUCCAGACUCAUAAUGAUGGAACUGGGAAGGCAAAUGAAAUUCUUGAUACAGUUAUGAAUAAUUAUAUCAAAACUAUGACUGAAGAUGACGACAAGGAGGUUGUUGCUCAGGCUUGCAUGAGUGUAGCCGAUAUCAUGAAGGAUUAUGGUUACGUAGCCAUUCAAAAGUAUUUAUCACCUCUUGUUGACGCGGCAUUGCUACUGCUGACGGAGAAAGCAGCUUGCCAGCAGUUAGAAGAUGAGAGUGAUAUUGAUGAUGAUGAUACUGGACAUGAUGAGGUCCUCAUGGAUGCAGUUUCUGACCUCCUUCCCGCCUUUGCAAAGUGUAUGGGUUCUCAAUUUGAACCUGUCUUUGCCAAAUUCUUUGAGCCGUUGAUGAAAUUUGCGAAAGCUUCACGUCCCCCACAGGAUAGGACAAUGGUAGUUGCUAGUCUCGCUGAAGUUGCUCAAGACAUGGGUCCUCCAAUCUCUGCCUAUGUUGAUAGAUUAAUGCCGUUGGUGCUCAAAGAAUUGGGCUCACCAGAAGCAACCAAUAGAAGGAAUGCAGCUUUCUGUGUUGGAGAGCUAUGCAAAAACGGGGGUGAAAUUGCUCUUAAAUAUUUUGGUGAUGUGCUACGCGGAAUUUCCCCGCUUUUCGGGGAUUCAGAACCAGACCUUGCUGUUAGGGAUAAUGCAGCAGGUGCUACCGCAAGGAUGAUUGUUGUUCAUCCUCAACUAGUCCCGCUAAAUCAAGUACUUCCAGUGUUCCUAAGAGGUCUACCUCUAAAGGAAGAUCAAGAGGAGUCCAUGGCUGUUUACAGCUGUAUAUAUUCCCUUGUUUCGUCAUCCAAUCCACAGAUCUUCUCUCAUGUUCCGGAGCUGGUUAAAAUCUUUGGGCAAGUACUGGAGUCGCCAGUCGAAAAAGUUGAAGUGAAAGCAAUUAGAGAGAUGGGUUACGGAUGGGGGAUCUUCGAGGGAAUGUUGGUGAUUGGAUCUCUGUGUCUCUUAGGAUCGGCUGGUCUCUGGUUUCUCAAUCGGAGGCUUUACAAGGAGUACGAAGAGAAGCGAGCUUUGGUUCAAAUCAUUUUCAGCGUCGUCUUCGCUUUCUCUUGCAACCUUUUACAGCUCGUUCUCUUCGAAAUCAUCCCUGUUUUAUCUAGAGAGGCAAGGAUGGUAAACUGGAAGGUGGAUCUCUUUUGUUUGAUAGUGCUCCUUGUUUUCAUGUUACCUUAUUAUCAUUGUUAUUUGAUGCUUCGCAAUACUGGUGUUAGAAGGGAACGUGCUGCUGUUGGGGCCUUGUUAUUCUUGACAGCGUUCCUUUAUGCUUUCUGGCGCAUGGGAAUUCAUUUUCCUAUGCCUUCAGACAAAGGUUUCUUUUCAAUGCCUCAACUGGUCAGCAGAAUCGGGGUCAUUGGUGUGACCCUCAUGGCCGUCUUAUCAGGUUUUGGAGCUGUUAAUCUGCCCUACAGUUAUAUAUCGCUCUUCAUUAGGGAGAUUGAAGAAUCAGAAAUAAAAUCGCUGGAAAGGCAACUGAUGCAAUCAAUGGAGACUUGCAUAGCUAAGAAGAAGAAAAUUAUUUUAUGUCAAGUGGAGGUGGAACGAAGUCUAGUAUCAGAAGAGCAUCAAAAGGGUAAAUCUUUCUUCAGAAGAUUUGUCGGGACUGUUGUGCGAUCGGUUCAAGAUGACCAGAAGGAGCAAGAUAUUAAACUAAUGGAGGCGGAGGUGGAAGGUUUAGAAGAGCUGUCAAAGCAGCUAUUCUUGGAAAUUUAUGAACUCCGCCAAGCAAAGGAUGCUGCUGCUUUUUCUCGAACUUGGAAGGGUCAUGUGCAGAACUUACUUGGCUAUGCGUGUUCCAUUUACUGUGUGUAUAAGAUGUUAAAGUCUCUACAAAGUGUCGUUUUCAAGGAGGCAGGCACGAAAGAUCCUGUCACGAUGAUGAUCAGCAUAUUCUUGCAGUUCUUUGAUAUAGGAGUAGAUGCGGCAUUGCUCUCACAGUAUAUUUCCCUGUUAUUUAUUGGGAUGUUGAUCGUGAUAUCAGUGAGGGGAUUCUUGACAAAUCUGAUGAAGUUCUUCUUUGCAGUGUCGAGGGUAGGGAGUGGAUCUUCAAGCAAUGUUGUGCUUUUUCUAUCUGAAAUCAUGGGAAUGUACUUUUUGUCUUCCAUUCUUCUUAUAAGAAAAAGUUUGAGAAAUGAGUACAGAGGGAUAAUAACAGAUGUGUUAGGCGGAGAUAUUCAGUUUGAUUUCUAUCAUCGAUGGUUUGAUGCAAUAUUCGUGGCCAGCGCUUUUCUUUCUCUGCUUUUGCUUUCUGCGCACUACACAUCUCGUCAAAUUGAUAAGCACCCAAUAGACUAAGCAAGCAUUUGUAAGUUUUGUUGCAUCUGAGUGUUUGAUUAAAUUUUGAUCUACAUGAAAAACUUGAAUCAAUGUCUACGACUUAGCAUUGGCUUAUGUACAUCUUCUUGCUUUGAAAGGAUCAGUCUUGAGUUGUUUGUUCCUUCAUCAGGUGUGUGUGAUUAGGUGAUUAGUUGUAAAGGGGAUGAGACUUUGGGGUUUUUACCAUUCAAUAAUAAAUAUCUGAUGUCCCA